AUGGCCGCUCUUACAGAGAAGACAGUUGACAGUGAGAAAGUCGCCGCUGAGUCGGGGACAGAUUACCAUGAUAUUCAGGUCGCGACGAUCAUUGGCAACAGCGACCAGCUGAAACGGCACCUGGGCAAUCGCCAAAUCCAAUUGAUCGCCAUCGGAGGGUCCAUUGGGACGGCAGUUUUCGUGACCAUCGCGUCUGGUGGUCUGACCAAAGGAGGUCCGGGAAGUUUGUUUAUUGCCUACACUAUUUACUCGUGUAUGAUGGGUCUGGUCAAUAACUGCAUAGCUGAGAUGGCGGUGUUCAUGCCUAUUAGCGGUGCGUUCAUCAGAAUGGCAGGCCGCUGGGUGGACGAGGCGUUUGGGUUCUGGGCAGGCUGGAACUUUUUCCUCUACGAGGUGCUUCUUAUCCCCUUUGAGAUCACUGCUCUGAACUUGGUUUUGACGUUCUGGCGAGACGAUAUUCCAGUAGAAGCCGUGGUGGCUGCUUGUAUCGUCCUUUAUUUCGUCCUGAAUGCUUUUUCGGUUAAGUGGUAUGGGGAGGCGGAAUUCUGGCUCGCUACAGGGAAAGUGAUUCUUAUUCUGAUCGUCUUCCUCUUCACCUUUAUCACUAUGGUCGGCGGGAAUCCCAAGCACGAUGCGUAUGGAUUCCGCUACUGGAAUUCGCCCGGUGCCUUCGCCGAACAUAUCACCACGGGGCCUUUGGGCCGCUUUGAGGGCUUCUUAGCCGCUGUUUGGAGUGCAUCCUUCACGGUUGUGGGUCCAGAAUAUAUAUCCAUGGUAGCUGGAGAAACAAAAUUACCUCGCCGGUAUCUAAAGACCGCGUUCAAGACCACCUAUGCGCGGUUUGCCUUUUUCUUUAUCGGAAGCGCCAUCUGCGUCGGUAUUGUAAUUCCAUAUAACGACAAGACGCUGUUAGACAUCAUCAGUGGCUCAUCCAGUGGUUCAGGCACCGCAGCAGCGUCUCCAUAUGUUAUUGCUAUGGGUAAUCUUGGCAUUAGCGUGCUACCACACAUCACCAACGCGCUGCUGGUGACAAGUAUAUUCUCUGCCGGGAACGCCUACACCUAUUAUGGGACUCGUAGUCUCUACAGCCUCUCCCUGCAAGGCCAAGCACCUAAAGUCCUUCGACGUUGUACUGAAUCCGGCGUUCCGAUCUACUGCUUAUUGAUCGUGAGCGUCUUCCCAUUCCUAGCCUUCCUGAACGUCUCGAGCGGAUCUGCCAAGGUUCUAACCUGGCUCAUAAACAUCAUCACCGCCUCCCAGGUAAUCGACUACAUUAUUAUCUGUGUGACCUAUAUCUUCUUCUACCGCGCCCUCCGCGCACAGAAUAUCGACCGUCGCACCCUCCCGUACUACGGCUACUUCCAGCCAUACUCGGCGUGGAUCGGUCUCAUCUGGAUGACAAUGGUUGUAUUCGUAUACGGCUACACGACGUUUUUGCCGGGCAAUUGGAGCGUGGGCGACUUCUUCACUUAUUACACUAUGGUCCUGGUGGCGCCAGUUCUUUUCUUUGGAUGGAAGGUUGUCAAGCGCACCAAGUUCAUCAAGCCCCAUGAGGCGGAUCUCAUUUGGGACAGGCCUAUCAUUGACGCUUACGAGGCUUCUUUCACAGAAUAUGCUCCUGGGUUUUGGACAGAGGUCUUCCAGAUGUUUGGCUUCCAGAGGAAUCGGAUGGAGACACAACAGGCAUAA